GUUAGCUGUCUAUCUAAAUCGCUAGCUGUGUGGGUUGUCCAGUUUUGGCACCUGUUAUCAGCUGUAACUUCUCAUUCUUGAUUCCUCGUCGGAGUGUAGUGGUAGCAUGUUAGUGCUAGAGCCAGUUACUUUCUCGUUUGCACGUAGUUUUGUGCGACCUUUCUGCCUCACUUACCCGGUCGUUCAUGCCGUUCAUGCCUAAUUUGCAAGCGUCCAUUCUGUCUCCUGCUUGAACAGCAGCCUUCGCGCCGUAACCAGGCUGGGGAACCGAUUUCACUGGUCUGCCAGCUAAUUUAUUUAUGAGAGAACUCACCAGCGUCGUGCGAGUUUACAAUUGAGAAGGACUUAGCUGGAUAGCUAUGGUAAAACUGUCAGGUGCGGUUCCAGUUUGCUUCUCGUUCCUUUGAGUCGGAAUCGCAGAAGUAGCUCGCCAGAUAGCAUUGUUGGCCAGCUAUUGUAGCAGAGGAAAGCGCCCAGCCUCGCUGCUUCUGGGGGGGCUGACUGGAGGGGAGCUGCCCAGAUCGAGCGGGGCCUGCAGUCCAGAGAUCGGACGUCCUGUCGCUGUGGAGGAGCACGUUACAAAACCAAUGACCUUCCACAGUGAAUGAGCUGGUGGCUGCCUUCUCAACUCUGUGAUGGAAAAGCAUGACGAUGAAGUGGACCACCAGCACAGCACCACGGGGACUGAGGGGGGGAACUCUGGGGACACUACUCCACCCACCAAGCGCAAGGGCAAGUUCUCCAGCCUGGGGAAGAUCUUCAAGCCCUGGAAAUGGAGGAAAAAGAAGAGCAGCGAGAAGUUUAAGGAAACUUCAGAAGUUCUGGAAAGAAAGAUGUCGAUGAGGCGGCCUCGGGAAGAGCUCAUCGAGAAGGGAGUGCUGAAGGAGAUACCAGAUAACGAGGGAGUGGAGGUGCACAGCUCGAAGCCCCCCCAUGUGAAGAACGGACACACGGUCCCUGUGAGCGGGGCGGGGGGUGCAGGCCGGCCCCCCUCAGAGGGGGACUUCAGGGUCAACCCCACCUGGCUGCCACAGGGCGGGGAGCGGAGGAGCCGCCCCCCCCCAGGGGACGGGGAGAAGAAGGCGGGGCUUCAGUGGCAGGGAGAGGAGGGGCGUCGCCCAGGCAGGCUCCACCCUGACACAGAGAAGAAGCCUGUCCUGCAGAAGGCCCCGUCAGAGGAUGGCCGCAGGACACGCCCCCCUUCAGACGCCGAGCGCAAAACCCCCCUCCCCCGACACGCCUCGGCCGAGGAGGGCCGAACACGCAGAGAGUCCAAUGGCAGCCGCUUCGUGCCAGACAGCGAGUCGCUGCGGGACACACUGAGGGAGCCGCUGCCUCCCAAACAGGCCAUGCUGCCCCCUAAAUGGCUGGUGAGCUCCACCCCAGAGCCCGGGAGCGAAGCCCCUCCCCGCGUGCCCGUCUCCGUGGCCACACCCUCCUACUCCACCUCCUCCGGCUCCUCCUCGUCCUCCUCCUCCUCUGCCGUGAGCGCGCUGGCCAAACCUGCGCGGAACGUCUCUUCCGCCGGUCCCAACCCGCCAUCGCCGGCCGCUGGGCCCCUCGUCCCCUCCGCCUCGGCCCCGCCCGGCCCCCUGCAGGUCAAACAGCCGCCCGCCCCCCCGCCGAAGCCCCUCAACCGCAACAGCAACCCGGCCAUGCUCGCCUCCCCCCUGCAGAGGGGGGAUAACAUGCACUUCCCCCUGUACUGGUCCUGCUGGAAGCGUGAGGGCGAAUACGACGUCUACCUGUCCCUCCCCGUGUACCUGUGCCGUCGCGCUGGAGCGCCCCGCCCAGCAGAACUGUCCCAGGCGUCUGGAGGGGUCAGUCUGGUGCCGGCCAAGCCCUCCCCACCCAUGCCCCCGAAGAGAACCACACCUGUCACCAAGCGCAACACAGAGGAGCCCUCCCCCUCUGCCUUGCCCCUUCCAGCCCCCCACCCUGCCCCCCUGUCUGAGGAGGACUUCCAGCUGCUCCCACCUCCCCCCUCCCCUCCUUUACCCACUCAUGUGCCCCCUUCUCCGCCUCGCUCCCUCCCCCACACCCACCACCACCACCUCGCCCACCAGCACUCCUACCCGCACCCCCUGCCCCAGCCUAUCCCCGCCCCCUUCGACCCCCCCAGCCCCAGCUCUGAGCCCCCCCGCCAGCCCCCCAUCCCACUGCACAUCAUGAUCCAGCGGGCCCUGUCCAGCCCCGGGCCGGCCGUGCCAAAUCCCGAUGGGUCCCAUCGCGCCCACUCGCUGCUCUUCGAAACCCCGCCCGAAUACGCUCGUCCCCUGCCCGUCACCAUCCAGCCCCUCAAACAGGCUGAGGAUGACUACUCAGAUGAAGAAGAAGAAGAGGAGGAGGAGGAGGAGCCUAUCCCAGAGCCCCUCCCCCUGCAGCCGGACCUUGAGCCACGCAGUCGCAGGUGCCUGGUGGGGGAUGUGGGUGUGACCAUCAUCCCCGAGGGGGAGGGGCCAGAGACCAGCGAGGAGGAGGAGGAGGAAGAGGGGGAAGAAGAGGAGGAGGAAGUGGAGGAGCUAGCAGAAGAGGAGGAGCAGGAUGAAGACAGUGACUCAGAUGGGCCAGUUCUCUAUAAAGAUGAUGACUCCGAUGAAGAUGAAGAUGAAGAAUGCCCGUCCAGCUCUCUGGCCAGCAGGGUGAGGAGGAAGGACACUCUGGCGCUGAAGCUCAGCAGUCGACCGUCGGCUCCUGAGCGGAUAGCGCGAGAGGAGCAGAGCGCCCUCUCCUGGCAGAGCAGGGAGCAGUGGGAGGCUAUCCGCACACAGAUCGGCACUGCACUUACCAGGCGACUGAGCCAGAGGCCAACAGCAGAGGAGUUGGAGCAGAGAAACAUCCUGCCGCCCAAGAAUGAGGCAGACAGGCAGGCGGAAGUGAGAGAAAUCAAACGGCGGCUCACCAGGAAGUUGAGUCAGAGGCCCACCGUGGCAGAGCUCCAGGCCCGGAAGAUUCUGCGCUUCCAUGAGUACGUGGAGGUCACCAACGCUCAAGAUUAUGACCGGCGCGCUGACAAGCCCUGGACUAAACUAACGCCUGCUGACAAGGCCGCGAUCCGGAAGGAGCUGAACGAGUUUAAGAGCUCAGAGAUGGAGGUGCAUGAAGACAGCAGAAUCUACACAAGGUUUCAUCGCCCAUAGCGACCCCCCAACCCCCCCCCAGGCUGGGAGGAGAAGCACUUAUCAAGCAAGUGGAGGGAAGCUGGGCGUGGCGUGUGGGAGUGGCCUGUGGGCGUGGUGUGUGGGCGUGGCCUAGUGGACUGGGCUCAUGCUUAAGAACUGCCUCAUUUUUCUUCUGAAUGUACAGCAACCACCAUCAGGAAAUACAAACCUGGAAACCAGACAAGAUAACCC